UACAAUGCAGCAACAGAUCUGCCCCUUGCAGAAGAGCACCCCUUGUGGUGGAGGGCACCAGUGAGAGACAUGGAGGCUGACGGGCAGGGGGGCAGUGGUGUGGAGUUCAGUAACAAGGAUUCGGAGAAGCAGCUAAGACUUCGGCUUUGUGUGCUGAAUGAGAUCCUGAACACUGAGAGGGACUAUGUGGGGACUCUACACUUUCUGCAGUCCGCGUUUCUACACCGGAUCCGGCAAAGUGCUGUCGACAAGACGGAGAACUGCUGCAUCUCCGAGGAAAAUGUCAAGGACAAUGGAGGCCGAGGUCUCUGGUGGCCCCUCCAUGCUGAGGACAUGAUUCUCUUAUCUCAUGGACGGGGCCACAACCCAGAGCCGGAGAUCUACCCUCAGGGUGACCACACAGAGGCCCGUAACACCCCGCAGGAGGAGAGAGCAGAGUGCCUGUGGACAGGAAGUGGGUGCAGGAGAUGCUACACAGUGCCCAGAGUACAAGGCGGACGCAGGACAGGAAGCCUGCUGGUGGAUCUCUGCACCGUGCACAGGAAGAUGUCUAAAGAGCGGUUCUGCGUGUAUGAGGAGUAUUGCAGCAACCAUGAGAAGGCGCUGAGAUUGCUAAUGGAGCUGAACAAAGUUCCCAACGUGCGCGCCUUCCUGCUGAGCUGCAUGCUGCUGGGAGGACGGAAGACGGACAUCCCAUUGGAGGGUUACCUGCUCACCCCCAUCCAGAGGAUCUGCAAGUACCCGCUCCUCCUAAAGGAGCUGGCAAAGAGGACGACCACCAAGCACCCCGACCACCAACCUGUCCAGAGCGCCCUGCAGGCCAUGAAGGCCGUCUGCACCAACAUCAAUGAAACCAAAAGACAAAUGGAGAAGCUGGAGGCCCUGGAGCAGGGAUCAAUAAACGUUGUGCGUCCGUCCCUGGCCAGCAAGACUCGGCCCAAUGGCUCCAACCUGACCGACAUCUGUACCCAGCUGCUGCUGCAGGGGACGCUGCUGAAGAUAUCGGCGGGGAACAUCCAGGAACGCAUGUUCUUCCUCUUCGACAACCUCCUCGUCUACUGCAAGCGGAAAUCCAGGGUCGCUGGGAAAAAGUCCACAAAAAGGACCAAAUCCAUUAACGGCACGUUGUACAUCUUCCGCGGGAGGAUCAAUACGGAGGUGAUGGAGGCGGAGAACGUGGAGGAUGGGACAGCGGACUAUCACAGUAACGGUUACACGGUCACCAACGGCUGGAAGAUCCACAACACCGCCAAGAACAAAUGGUUCGUCUGCAUGGCCAAGACCGCCGAGGACAAGCAGAAGUGGAUGGACGCCGUCCUGAGGGAGCGCGAGCAGCGAGAGAGUCUGAAGCUGGGGAUGGAGCGGGACGCUUACGUCAUGAUUGCGGAGAAAGGCGAGAAGCUCUAUCACAUGGUCAGCAAGAGGUCGAGUCUCAUCAAGGACCGGAGGAGAAAAUUCAGCCCCAUCCCCAAAUGCUUUUAUGGAAAUGAAUUGGUUUCCUGGCUGAUGGAGAAUGGGGAGAUCAGCAAACCCGAGGAAGGAGUCAACCUGGGCCAGGCUCUGCUAGAGAACGGCAUCAUCCACCAUGUUUCAGAUAAGCAUCAGUUUAAGAAUGAACAGGUUCUCUAUCGCUUCCGAUACGACGACGGGACGUACAAAGCCAGGAGCGAGCUGGAGGACAUCAUGUCGAAGGGGGUCAGACUCUACUGCCGGCUGCACAGUCUGCUCACGCCAGUUGUCAAAGACCGCGACUACCAUCUGAAGACCUACAAGUCCGUCAUCCCGGCCAGUAAACUGGUGGACUGGCUCGUAUCUCAGGGCGACUGUCAGACGCGAGAGGAGGCCGUCACUCUGGGCGUGGGGCUCUGCAACAACGGAUUCAUGCAUCAUGUUUUGGAGAAGAGCGAGUUCAAAGAUGAAUCCCAGUUUUUCCGAUUCCACGCCGACGAGGAGAUGGAGGGGACGAGCUCCAAGAGCAAGCAGCUACGGAACGACUUCAAACUGAUAGAGAACAUCCUGGCCAAGACCCUUCUGAUCCCGCCACAAGAAGAAGAUUAUGGCUUUGACAUUGAAGAGAAGAACAAAGCCAUUGUGGUGAAGUUUGUCCGGAAGGGUUCGCACGCCGAGAUGGCCGGCCUGCAAGUUGGACGGAAAAUUUACUCCUUAAACGAAGAUCUGGUGUUCCUCCGGCCGUUCUCCGAGGUGGAGGUCCUCCUAAAUCAGUCGUUCUGCUCCAGGAGGCCAAUCCGGAUCCUGGUGGCCAUCAAAUCCAAAGAGAUUGUGAAAGUCCCGGACUCUCCGCAGGCCCUGUGUUUCCAGAUCCGUGGUUCUACACCUCCGCAUGUCCACGCCGUGGGCCGAGGUUCGCAUGCUGCAGCGGUCGGCCUCCACCCUGGACAAUGCGUCCUGAAAGUGAACGGCAACAACGUCAUGCAUGACGGCCACGUGGAAGUCCUCGAGCACUUUGCGGCCUAUCGCAAGAACCCCCAAAAUCCUCUGGGCCUCUAUCAGUGGAUUUAUCGGACUCACGAGGACGCCGAGGAGGACAGAGAACAGCGAUGUACAUCGGACGAUUGCCUGAACGGCGGAGCGUGUGAGGACGGCGAUGUCACUCUGGGCGGAGGACUCGCGGACCGGCAGACAGGUAUGACCUGUAAUAUGACCUCCCCGGUGGGUGAGGAUGGGCCUCUCAUUAAUCUGACGGUGGAAAACAUCCAGCUGGAGCACGGCGUGGUGUACGAGUAUGCAAACACGACCGGGAUAAAGUGUCACGUCUUGGAGAAGAAUGUGGAGCCCCGAGGGUUGUUCGGAAUCACCGCCAAGAUCCUGCAGGCGUUUAUCGCGGAUGACAAUCAGUUUGUGAAGAAUUGUAUGAGGCUCCUCGCCAUGAGUAAGUCGGUGAUGACGAUGCCGCAGUAUGAGUUCCGGCACAUCUGUGACACGAAGCUGGAGAACAUCAGGAGGCGGAUCUCCAGCUACAAGGAGUUUGCAGAUGAGUUGAAGAUGAAAGUGAGUCCAUCGUUCAAAAAAGCGACCAACGACACUCACCCGCUGCACAGUAUGGACUUCUGUCCCACCAACUAUCACAUUAACCUCAUGGAAGUGUCUUACCCCAAAACCAGCACCUCCGUGGGCCGCUCCUUCAGCAUCCGCUUUGCCCGCAAAAACUCCUUCUUCGGCCUGGAUCCAGAUCAAGUUGGCAGUUUGAACCCCAUGUUGUACGCGCAGCACUCUAUCGCCAGCAUGGCGGCUCCAGCCUGGAGGUGUGUGAGCACAGAGGAAGAGGAUGGGAUGAAUGGCCAAGAUGGCAGCUUCCCUCAGAUGAAUGGAGGGAUAAACCCGGAGGAUCAUGGUCUGAGCUUCCUGAUGAAACACGAUGAGAUGGAGAUUCAGGACUCCUACCUGCAGCUCUUCAACAAGCUGGAUGUAGCUCUGAAGGAGAUGAAGCAAUAUGUCACCCAGAUCAACAAGCUGCUGUCCACCAUCACUGAGCCCCUGGAUCGGGACAACCCAUCCGAGCCCAUGUCCACAAGUGAGACCCCCCCCUCCUCUCUGGUGGUUGAGGAUGGAGAUGGGGACAGGACCGAACCAGGUGGAAUCAAGAAGGUUUGUUUCAAGGUAUUGGAGGAGGACCAGGAGGACUCGGGACACGAUACAGUCAGCUAUAGAGACUCCUACAGUGAGUGUAACAGCAAUCGUGAUUCGGUCCUGUCGUACACCAGCGUGCGCAGCAACAGCUCGUACCUGGGGAGUGAUGAAAUGGGCUCAGGAGACGAGCUGCCUUGCGACAUGCGGAUUCCAUCUGACAAGCAGGAUAAGCUUCCUCCAUGUGUCUCUGUUGUCUGUCUGCAGGUGGACGCCAUCAUCACACUGCUGAAGGGAAAAGUCAUGGCGAAAGCCUUCGAGGAGACCAAGCAUUUCCCCAUGGAGCACAGCCUGCAAGAGUUCCAGAAGAAGGAGGAGUGGACGGUGAGGUGUCGAAGUAUGAUCCAGAUCAGUAUCAGAGAAGAUCCCUGGAAUCUCCCCAACUCCAUCAAGACACUGGUGGAGAGCAUCCAGAAAUACGUCGAAGAUGGGAAGAAUCAGCUGCUGCUGGCUCUGCUGAAAUGUACAGAUACGGAGCUGCAGGUCCGCAGGGACGCCAUAUUCUGCCAGACGCUGGUGGCUGCCAUCUGUACGUUCACGGAGCAGCUCAUGGCGGCCCUCAACUACCGAUACAACAAUAACGGCGAGUACGAGGAGAGCAGCCGUGAUGCCAGCAGGAAGUGGCUGGAGCAGAUUGCCGUUACUGGGGUCCUGCUCACCUAUCAGUCACUGUUGUCCCCCAAUAUUAAGGAAGAGCGCAUUAUGCUGGAGGACAUCACCGCCACGCUCCAGGAUCUGGAUAAAGUCGUUUUCUACUUCAAGCAGAUGGACGAGACACUUGUAGCAAAUACGGCCGUCUUCCACCAUAUUGAAGGAACAAGACAGGCGCUGAAAGUCAUCUUCUACCUGGACAGCUUUCACUUCUCCAAACUGCCCACCAAGUUCGAGCACGGCGGAUGCCUCAAGCUCCAGACUGUCCUGUUUACUAAAGCUAUUGAAAGUCUGGAGGGCCAAUCUCACCCAGGACUGAACAUGUCGCUGGGGGAAAUUCAGCAGCAGAUUAAUCAUGUGUCCAUGGAGAAAGUGCAGAGCUACUACCGGAAGCUCAGGGCCUUUUACCUGGAAAGAUCGGCAGACUCCAACACAACGGCCAUAAAGAUUGAUCAGCUGAUCCGUCCAAUGAACGCCCUCGACGAGCUGUGCAGGCUCUUGAAAUCCUUAAUCACCCCAAAACAGCCCCAGUCCGAGUACUGUAAGAAUAACAUGCUGGGGACCGGCUUGUUACCCAUCUCGUCUGAGCUCUGUUACCGUCUGGGAGCGUGCCAGAUGGUCAUGUGCGGCACCGGGAUGCAAAGGAGCACAUUAAGCAUAUCGCUGGAGCAAGCCGCCAUCUUGGCCCGCAGUCACGGACUCCAGCCCAAGUGCAUCAUGCAAGCAAUGGACAUCAUGAGGAAACAAGGUCCGCGUGUGGAAAUCACGGCAAAGAAUCUAAAAGUCAGGGAUCACCCGCUGCAGUCUCCGCCAAGGAUCUUCAGGCUAUGUGUGCCACCAGUAGACGGAGACCUGUGAUGGGAGACGGUCCCC